AUGACUCGCUCGGGCCUCGGGCUCCUGCGGAGCAGGCUGAGCCGGGGGAUGAACCGAGCCGGCCCCGAACCGCGGCCUCCUGGGAAGAGGUGGCUGGUGGCCGGCCUGGGCAACUAUAGGUUGCAGGGCACGCGGCACAGCGUGGGAAUGGCGGUGCUGAACCACCUGGCCAAGCGCCUGAAUGUAGCUGACCAGUGGAAGAGGCAGCAUCAGUGCUGUGCGGAUGUGGCUGUCGCCUGCCUCGGAGAGGCUGAGCUGGUGCUUCUCAAACCCCGCCAGUUUAUGAAUGUCAAUGGGCUCAGUGUGGCCCAGGCUGCCAAGAUGUAUCAGCUGGUGGCCGAAGACAUCUACUUGGUACAUGAUGAGCUGGACAAGCCACUGGGGAAGCUAGCCAUGAAGCUGGGGGGCAGUGCAAGAGGUCACAACGGGGUGCGAUCCUGCAUCAGCUGUCUCAAUUCAAAUGUCAUGCCCCGGCUCCGAGUAGGCAUUGGGAGACCAACCCACCCAGGGGCUGUGGAGCAGUAUGUGUUGGACAGGUUCACAGCAGCUGAGCAGGAACGGCUGCCCCUACUUCUGGAGCAGGCGACAGAGCUGCUUCUCAACCACAUCCGCCAGCGGAGCCUGGCGGGGACCACAUGCACAAGCCCCUCUUGACGUGACAUAGCCCACCAUGGUGGGCCAGGGCACAACUCAUAAAGGACUAUUCCCCUGCAGUGGCUGUAGGUGGCCUCUCCUUGCCUUGCUGGAGCAGCAGCAGAGCAGAGUCUUGGCAUUCCAGCCCCACUGGGGAGAGCCUUGAUCCAGGCUUGAGAUAAAGGUUGGUGAGGAAGAUGGCCCCGGAUUCACACAACCUACAUUGUUGCGCUCUCCCCACCCUCCCACAUGAGACAUAUCCACACCUGUGUAAUCACUAAUUUAUGGGACAUUUAAUUAAUGUUCUCUUCUCCCUGCUCAGGGAAUAAAGGUUUGUCUUCCAAGGGUGA